AUGUCUGAAUACGAUAAAUACUCAACUCCAUUAUCUUCAAGAUAUGCUUCUGAAGAAAUGUCCAAGAUUUUCUCUUUGAGAAACAGAUUUUCUACUUGGAGAAAAUUAUGGUUGAAUUUAGCCAUUGCUGAAAAAGAAGUUGGACUUUCUGUCAUUACUGAUGAAGCAAUUGAACAAAUGAAACAACAUUUGGAAAUCACCGAUAAAGAAAUUCAAGAUGCUGCUGUUGAAGAAGCUAAAGUUAGACAUGAUGUCAUGGCCCACGUUCAUGUUUUCGGUGAAACUUGUCCUCUGGCUGCUGGAAUUAUUCAUUUGGGUGCUACUUCAUGUUUUGUCACUGAUAAUGCAGAUUUAAUUUUCCUUAGAGAUGCUUAUGAUGUUUUAAUUCCUAAAUUGGUCAACGUCAUUGAUAGAUUAUCGAAGUUUGCUUUGGAAUAUAAAGACUUACCAGUAUUAGGUUGGACUCAUUUCCAACCAGCACAAUUGACCACAGUUGGUAAAAGAGCCACUUUAUGGUUACAAGAAUUGUUAUGGGAUUUAAGGAAUAUGGUUAGAGCCAGAAAUGAUAUUGGAUUAAGAGGGGUUAAAGGUACUACUGGUACUCAAGCUUCUUUCUUAUCAUUAUUCCAUGGUGAUCAUGAUAAAGUAGAAGAAUUGGAUAAAAGAGUUGUUGAAUUAUUAGGAUUUGAUAUUGUUUAUCCAGUUACUGGUCAAACUUAUUCAAGAAAAAUUGAUAUUGACGUUUUAUCACCAUUGGCUUCAUUUGGUGCUACUGCUCACAAAUUUGCUACUGAUAUUAGAUUAUUGGCCAAUUUAAAAGAAAUUGAAGAACCAUUUGAAAAAUCCCAAAUUGGAUCAUCUGCUAUGGCUUAUAAGAGAAAUCCAAUGAGAUGUGAACGUGUAUGCUCAUUGGCUAGACAUUUGGGUGGAUUGUUCAAUGAUGCUGUGCAAACUGCUUCUGUGCAAUGGUUUGAAAGAACUUUGGAUGAUUCUGCUAUUAGAAGAAUCAGUUUACCAUCAGCUUUCUUGACCGUUGAUAUUUUAUUAUCUACUAUGCUUAAUAUUACCAGUGGAUUGGUUGUUUAUCCAAAAGUUAUUGAAAGAAGGAUCAAUUCUGAAUUGCCAUUCAUGGCUACUGAAAACAUUAUUAUGGCCAUGGUCGAAAAAGGUGGUUCUAGACAAGAUUGUCAUGAAGAAAUUAGAGUUUUAUCUCAUCAAGCCAGUGCUGUUGUUAAACAAGAAGGUGGCGAUAAUGAUUUGAUUGAAAGAAUCAAAUCAACUGAAUAUUUCAAACCUAUUUGGAAUGAUUUGGAUACUUUGUUGGAUCCUAAGACUUUUGUUGGUAGAGCUCCUCAACAAACUGAAAAAUUUGUCAAGAAUGAUGUUGCCAAUGCUUUGAAACCAUUUGAAAAAUACAUCACCACUGAAAAUGUUGCCUUGAAGGUGUAA